UAUCUAGUGAUCUUGUUCUUCGCAGAGUUUUGCACGUUCCUGAUUUUCAGAGCAACCUACUCUUUGUCAGUAAACUCACAGGUAAUCUUCUAGUGGCUUUAAUAUUUAUGCUUGACUUUUGUGUCAUUCAGGAAUUACCCUCUAGGAAUCUGAUUGGGAUGGGGCAGCGUGUUGAUGGUCUCUAUUCUCUCAAGCUUUUCGAUGGUUUUAACGCGAUGGCCAACUUAGUUCAGUAGGCUGUUGAUAGUUCAAUUCUCUUGCAUGCGUGUCUUGGGUAUCUAUCGAGGGUGAAAUUCAAUAUUUUGCGUAAGCUUAUUUCGUAUCCAGUUGUUUAUCCUUCGGCAACAUAUCAUUAAUGUCUUCGUGUGAAGCACACUCGAGCUCCUUUUGUUUCUAGUACCAUACGGCCAACGACUUGUUUUGAGUUGAUUCACAUUGAUGUAUGAGACAGUUAUAAGGUCACAUCUUACUCUGGUGCAUGGUUUUUCUUGACCAUUGUUGAUUACUUCAGUCAUGCAGUUUGGGUGUUUUUGUUAAAGUUCAAGUCUGAUAAUGCUCAUGAAUUCUCCACGGUUGAACGAAAAAGUUAUUCUGAACUAGAAGAAAUUCUCUUACAAACUUCGUGUCCUGACACGCCUCAACAGAAUGGGUGGUCGAGCGUAAACAUCAGCAUCUCUUAGACACCACACACGCUCUUCAGUUCCACGCCAAUAUCCCUCUCCGAUUUUGGGGUGAGUGCGUACUCACAGCAACUUAUAUUGUUAAUCGUAUGCCUCUUGUUCCUAUUGGAAAUUGAUCUCCAUAUCAAAUUCUAUUUGACAAGGAUCCGUCUUAUACUCAUUUACGCAGCUUUGGUUGCAUGGUAUAUGCUCAAGUUAAUUAUCAUGGACUCCAUAAAUUCGGCGAUAGGGGUAGAGCACGGGUCUUUCUCGGUUAUCCUGCCACACAGCGAGGUUAUCGAGUCUAUGAUUAGGAGCGUAAUGUCAUCUACACUUCCAGGGAUAUUCAUUUUCUUGAACACAUCUUCCCCUAUUGUUAGGUCCACACUCCAUCCCACUUGCCAGCUCGGUCAACACAACCCCAUUUACAGACUUGUUUGCAUGAUGAUGAUGAUGAUGACGACGAUCUACCACCGCUCCCCUUCAUUGAAGCUACCACUCCUACUUUAUUGUCUCCCUCAACAAAAAAUUCCUCUCAUGUCGAUCUUGCAGCCUCCAUGCUUGCGGAGGUCAUGCCUUCGUCUCCUUCCUCAGCUGCUCAGCCUUCUGCUAUACCCACCUCAGCAUCGCCUGAUUCCCUUGUCUCCUCCCCGGGUGCCAUCUCCGUCCAGCUCUACUUCGUCUGGGCUUGCACCCUUCUGCCUGUUGUGCGUCAAAGUGCAAGGGUCACCAUCCCCUUCAUUCGACUUCAUGGCUAUGAUGUGGAUAUUCCUAGUCGUCCUUUUAAUGAUCACAAGCCCCAAGCGUCCCAAGUUGUCUAUCCUUUGGAGCAGCACAUGCACAAUCGUCGCCACUCUCCUACUCAUCCAACCUUUGUGGUUGCGGUCAGUAUUGUGGAUGAGCCGAAGUAUUUCUAUCAAGUUGUUCGAAUUGCUCAUUGGCUUAAUGCCAUGCAAUCGGAGAUCACAACUCAAGAAGCAAAUGGAACUUAGACUCUCGAGUAUCUACCUCCUGGUGUCAAGGCGAUUGAUUGUAAAUGGGUCUAGAAAGUCCAUUUCAACCCCAUAUGGAACAAUCGAGCGCUAUAAAGCACGUCUCGUUUCCAAAGUUUACACUUCAGACCGAGGGUAUUGACUAUCACGAUCCCUUUUCUCUCGUUGCUAAGAUGGUAACGGUUCACUGUCUUCUUGCAGUAGUUGUCACGCGCGGCUGGCAUAUUCAUCAACUCAAUGUUAAUAAUGUCUUUCUUCAUGGUGAAUUGACCGAGGAAGUCUAUAUGAAAGUCUCGCAAGGAUUCGUUUGUCCGGGUGAUACUCGGGUCUAUCGUUUGCGCAAGUCCAUCUAUGGGUUGAAGCAAGCAUCUUGUAAUUGGUAUCAGAAGUUUACUCAGGCACUCAAGGAGUUACAGUUCACUUCAAGCAAGGUUGAUCACUCUCUCUUUGUAUAUCGUCAGGGGGCGACUUUUGAUGUGACUCUCAUCUACGUUGGUGACGUCAUUUUGGUUGGCACAGAUAUGACUUCCAUCCAACGCGCCAAGGAUUUCCUGCAUUCUCGUUUCACAAUAAAGGAUCGCUGUUGUUUGAAAUACUUUCUAGGUAUCGAAGUUCCUCGCUCACCUUAAGGCCUGGUUCUCAAUCAACAAAAAUAUGUGUUGGACAUAUUGGCUGCCCGUGGCCUUCAUGCAACUCAUCCCAGUUCUACUCCUAUUGAGCAGAACCAUCAGCUUGGUCGUUCUCCGUCGAUUGAAACUCCUAUCCUACAUCUUAUCGACGAUUGGUUGGUAAUCUGGUAUAUCUCACAGACACUCAUUCCGACAUCACUUAUGCUGUGAAUGUCCUUAGUCAGGUUGUUCAUUCUCCUACACAGGCUCAUGUGGAUGCGGCUUUCCGGGUUCUGCAUUAUCUCAAGAACUCACCGGGUCGUGGCAAGUUCUUCCGACUUCAUAGACUCUCACCCUUAUAGCUUACUGUGAUGCUGAUGGGGGUGUGUGUUCUCUCGCUCGGCGGUCGACUACUGGCUACUUUAUCACUCUUGGGUUCUCUCCGGCAUCUUGGCGUACAAAGAAGCAGUAGUUAUUGCUAGCUCAUCGGGUGAAGAUGAGUAUCGCGCCAUGGCCACUACAGUUAGUGAGCUCAUCUGGCUUCGUUGGCUCCUCCGUGUGACUUAAGGGGUGUCCUUGACCACUCCUACUUCUCUUUAUUGUGACAAUCACGCUGCCCUUCACAUUUAUAUUAAUCCAAUCUUCCAUGAACGCACCAAACAUGUGGAGAUGGAUUGCUACUUUGUUCGUGAAAGAGUACUCUCUCGUGAUAUUGCUCCUUCCAAGAUCUCCAUCUCUUAACAACUAGCGGAUUUGUUUACCAAAGGUCUGAGCGGCGAUCAGUUCAAUCAUUUGUGUGUCAAGCUUGGAAUGCUUGAUAUUUAUUCCUACGUUUGAGAGGGCGUGUUACAUGUCCUUGUUAAUCACUUAUUAUUUGUUAGGGAUUAAUCUUGUAAUUUCCUUAUCUCUCUCUAUCUGUCCGAGUAGCAAUAGGAGAAUUCAGACUCUAAAUGUAAUUACCAAAAAGGCCAAGCCAUGCUCUCAAUCAUCAUCUAAUCAAGACAUCUCGAGAGUGUUUACUCUCCAUGGAGUAGCUAUAGGAGAAUCUGGACUCUAUAUGUAAUCAUCAACUGAGCCGAGAACCCUAACUCUCAAUCAUCAUCUAAUCAAGUCAUCUUGAGAGU